GGUUGUGGGUGGUUCGAGGGUGGGGUUAUAUUGACUCCGCCGACGAAAACAGUUUCUGGUCAAACAAGCCGGAAUGGGAGAUGCGUGUCAGCUAAUCCGUAUCUGUCGAAACCUAACGCGCUGUUAGCGGCGUUUGUCACCCAUUGUGCCACGUAUUGGAAGCUGUGCACGUCCAAUCAAAUAUGGAGAUUCGAUGCGCUGUGCAGCCUUACGCCUGGGGAAAGCUGGGGCACAACAGUGAAGUGGCUUCGCUGCAGGAAUGUGCCCAUCCUGAUUUCUGCAUAGAAGAAACUAAACCUUAUGCUGAGCUUUGGAUGGGAGCUCAUACAAGUGCUCCAUCUCUGAUUAAGGGGUCAAAUGAAAAACUGAAUGAAUGGAUUUCUAGGAAUCCUGAAGUACUCGGAGAAAAUGUCAGGGAAAAAUUUGGUGAUGAGCUUCCUUUUCUCUUCAAGGUUUUAUCAGUUAACAAAGCUCUGUCCAUUCAAGCUCAUCCAAAUAAGGAGCAUGCCGAGAAACUCCAUUGCGAGCGACCUGAUUUGUAUAAAGAUCCAAAUCACAAGCCAGAACUGGCAAUUGCGCUGACACCGUUUGAAGCGCUGUGUGGUUUUCGUCCAAUUCAGCAAAUAAAAGAUUUCCUUGGCAACAUCCCGGAGCUUGGUGCUAUUAUUGGUGAAGCUGGGUCCAACUUGCAGACUAGUGAUGAAGCAGGAAUACAGACUGCUCUGAGACAGUGUUUCAAGGCUCUAAUGACUUGCCCUGCUGAGAGUGUGCGUGCUCAGCUGUCUUCUCUUGUCGAAAGACAUUCAUCACUUGAUGAAUCAUCAAGGUCGUUAGAGCUGGCUGGUCUGGUAUCAAGGCUAGCUUCGGAAUUUCCCGGAGAUGUUGGGUGCUUUUGUGUUUAUUUUCUUAAUUAUCUGACUCUGAAGCCUGGAGAAGCUCUGUACUUAGGGCCUAAUGAACCCCAUGCGUAUUUGUCUGGAGAUUGCAUUGAAUGCAUGGCAUGUUCGGACAAUGUCGUACGAGCUGGUCUCACCCCAAAAUAUAUGGAUGUAGACACACUGUGCCAAAUGUUGACCUACCAUUGUGAAGAGGCUGAUAACAAGAAGUUUCUGCCCACACGUCUAGACUCUUACUCUCAAUUAUUUUCUCCCCCUGUGCCUGAUUUUGCUGUAGCCAAGAUUGAGAUUCCAGGCGAAGUGGCUAACUACACUGUUGGACCCCGAUCAUCGGCAAGCAUUAUUCUGGCAGUGUCCGGUCAAGGAUGCAGCCAACAAGACCUCCAAAUUCGGAGGGGCUCUGUGAUUUUUAUUCCUGUCGGCCAAGAGCUCUCAAUUUCUACCUAUGGUUAUAAGGAUCCUCUCUUGCUCUUCCAAGCAAUGGCCAAUGUAUAAUGUUAAAGGUUUUAUUGUAAUUUAUAAUUGUUGUUUGCUGGUUCUUGGUUUUGAACAGAUUCCUGCUCUUUUAAGAUUUUUGUGCCAAUUGGCAGGGAUUGUUUUAACAAGAACCAUUUAAAUCUAGUUACUUUAAAAUGAUGGAUUGGUAAAAUCGGGUAGUUUGUCAGUUUUAUUCGUUUCAAAUUCAAAAUAAACAAAAACAUGAAUUCAA